CAGACAUGCGCGCACAUCUGUUGUGUCUCGCGCUGCUAGGCGUGGGGAUUACGUACACCCCCGGGGCAACUGGACAGAACGCCUCGGAACUUGCACGUGCAGAAGCGUUUUUGGAGAAUCAAAACGCUGAGAGUGAACAGGUGUACUACAUCGGGGAGGAGACAGCAUGGACGUACUACACCAACAUCACCGAAGACAACCGAAAAGCGAUGGUGGAUGCCAACCUUGAAGAGGCCGCGUUUACCAAAGAGUCAGCUAAGAAUGCUUCCAUGUUUGAAUGGUGGAACUACCAGAACGCCACACUGCAGAGAUGGUUUGCUACCAUCGCAGAUAUCGGCAUCGCUGCCAUGCCAGACAAGGUCAAACUAAAGCGGCUGAACAACGUUCUUUCGGAGAUGGAGGAGAUCUACAGCACGGGUAAGGUGUGCGUCAAGGAUGACCAGUGUCUGGAGCUGGAACCAGGUCUUACUCGUUUGAUGGCGACGUCACGUGACUACUGGGAGCUGACGAAAACCUGGCGAGGCUGGAGGGAACAGACUGGCAACAAGAUGAAGGAUCUGUACGCAGAGUUUGUUGUCCUUAGCAACGAGGCCAUCAGAGCCAAUGGAUACAACGACACUGGAGCCUACUGGAGGUCGUGGUACGAGAGCGACACUUUCGCCUAUGACGUGGAGCAGCUGUUCCUGCAGCUGGAGCCGCUGUACAUACAGCUGCACGCCUACACCAGGAGGAAGCUGAAGAAGGUGUACGGGGAACAGAUCUUCCCCAAGGAAGGGCACAUUCCAGCCCAUCUUCUGGGCAACAUGUGGGCUCAGUCAUGGGGCAACCUGCUCGACAUUCUCCAGCCCUUCAAGGACAAGGAGAGCGUUGACGUCACUCCACAGAUGAAGGCACAGGGCUACACUCCACGCAGGAUGUUUGAAACAGCAGAGGAGUUCUUUACGUCUCUCGGUAUGGAGCCAAUGACACAACUCUUCUGGGAGAAGUCAAUGAUAGAGAAACCCAAAGAUGGCCGUUCGGUCGACUGCUACCCGUCUGCUUGGGACUUCACCAACGGCAGUGAUUUCCGGAUACAACUGUGUACAGACAUUACCAUGGAGGACUUGAUGACCAUCCACUACCAGAUGGGGCACAUCCAGUACUACCAAGGGUACAUGCACCAGCCUGUAGCCUUCAGGGAUGGAGCUAAUCCCGGGUUCCAUGAAGCUGUUGGAAACGCCGUAACUCUGUCGGUCACUACCCCCAAACACCUGCAGAAGAUCGGGCUGUUGACAAACGUAGAGGAUGACGCAGAGAGCGACAUCAACUACAUGUUAAGCAUGGCUCUAGACAAGAUCGCCUUCCUGCCGUUUGGCUAUCUCAUGGAUCAAUGGCGUUGGAGUGUCUUCAGUGGUGAGACGCCACAGAGCAUGUACAACACCAAGUGGUGGUCCCUCAGAUGCCGAUACCAGGGUAUUUCUCCGCCGGUACAAAGAUCCGAAGAUGACUUUGAUCCUGGUGCUAAGUACCAUAUUCCGGCCAACACACCCUACAUCAGAUACUUCGUAGGUUUCGUCCUCCAGUUCCAGUUCCACAAGGCGCUGUGCACGGCGGCCAAUCAAACAGGGCCGCUGCACAAGUGCGACAUCUACCAGUCCAAGGAAGCUGGCGCUCUCCUCAGUCGUGUUUUGGAGCUCGGUAAAUCGCGACCGUGGCCGGAAGCUAUGCAAAUACUUACUGGACAAAACAAGAUGGAUGCCAGACCCCUCAUGGAGUACUUUCAGCCACUCACCGAUUGGUUGAAGGACCAGAACAGAGGUCACAAGAUAGGUUGGGAGCACAUGUGCCCGGAUUCCAUACCGAUAGUUAACUCUGCAACCUCAGUCAGAGUCACGUACGGUAUUUUCUUGGUUACCAUAGUAACUGCUGUCCUGAGACACCAGUGUAUACGCACCUACCUGCCUCUAUCUAUACCCGCCCAGUUUACCUGCAGCUUCACACUUGGGAACAUGAGCCCACAGCUCUGUCUCGCGCUGUUUAGCGCCAUCUCGGUGUUGCUGGUCAAUGGUCAACUGAUCACUGACCUGGACCAGGCAAGGCAGUUCUUGGACGAACAGGAUGCUGCGAGUGCACACAUGUAUUACUGGUCCACGGUCAAAUCAUGGGGUUACUACACGAACAUCACUGACGAGAACAGAAACGCAAUGGUGGCUGCCGAUCUGAAGGUGGCAGAGUUCACAAAGGAGUCGGGAAGGAACGCUUCGUUGUUCGCCUGGAAGAACUUUCAGGAUGAAACUAUGCGGAGACGAUUUGCAAUAGUGGCGGAUAUAGGUACUGCUGCUAUGCCUGACGAGACGAAGCUGAAACGGCUGAAGGAUGUGCUGACGGAGAUGGAGGAGAUCUACAGCACGGGCAAGGUGUGCGUCAAGGAUGACGAGUGUUUGGACCUUGAACCGGGCCUAACGCGUCUUCUGUCGUCAUCCCGCAACUACGGGGAGUUAACCAAGGUUUGGAAAGGAUGGCGAGAUCAGACAGGGAAGAAGAUGAAGGACCUGUACGCCGAAUUCGUUUCCCUUAGCAACGAGGCCAUCAGGGCAAAUGGCUAUGCUGACACGGGUGCCUGGUGGAGAUCGUGGUAUGAGACCGAUACCUUCACGCAGGACCUGGAGCAGCUGUUCCUGCAGCUGGAGCCGCUGUACAUACAGCUGCACGCCUACACCAGGAGGAAGCUGAUGGAGGUUUAUGGGGAGAGCGUCUUUCCCAAGGGGGGACAUAUUCCAGCGCACCUGCUUGGCAACAUGUGGGCGCAGACUUGGGGCCAUCUACUCGGUAUUCUGCAACCUUACAAAGACAAGCAGAGCGUGGACGUCACCCCUCAGAUGAAGGCGCAGGGUUACACUCCACGCAGGAUGUUUGAAACAGCAGAGGAGUUCUUUACGUCUCUCGGUAUGGAGCCAAUGACACAACUAUUCUGGGAGAAGUCAAUGAUAGAGAAACCCAAAGAUGGCCGUUCGGUCGUCUGCCACGCGUCUGCUUGGGACUUUACCAACGGCAGUGAUUUCCGAAUAAAACAGUGUACAGACAUUACCAUGGAGGACCUGAUCACCGUCCACCACGAGAUGGGGCACAUCCAGUACUACCAACAGUACAUGCACCAGCCCGUAGCCUUCAGGUCUGGAGCUAAUCCCGGGUUCCACGAGGCUGUAGGAGACGUCCUAGCUCUGUGCAGCUACCCCAAACACCUGCAGCAGAUCGGGCUGUUGACAAACGUAGAGGAUGACGCAGAGAGCGACAUCAACUACAUGUUAAGCAUGGCUCUAGACAAGAUCGCCUUUCUGCCGUUUGGCUACCUCAUGGAUCAAUGGCGUUGGAGUGUCUUCAGUGGUGAGACGCCACAGAGCAUGUACAACACCAAGUGGUGGUCCCUCAGAUGCCGAUACCAGGGUAUUUCUCCGCCGGUACAAAGAUCCGAAGAUGACUUUGACCCAGGUGCAAAAUACCACAUUCCUGCUAAUGUACCAUAUAUCAGGUACUUUGUGAGUUUCGUCAUCCAGUUCCAGUUCCACAAGGCGCUGUGCCAGGCAGCCAAUCAAACAGGGCCGCUACAUAGAUGUGACAUCUACCAGUCGAGGGAAGCUGGCGCUCUCCUCAGUCGUGUUUUGGAGCUCGGUCAAUCGCGACCGUGGCCGGAAGCUAUGCAAAUACUUACUGGACAAAACAAGAUGGAUGCCAGACCCCUCAUGGAGUACUUUCAGCCACUCACUGAUUGGUUGACGGAACAGAACAGAGGUCACAUGAUAGGUUGGGAGCACAUGUGCCCGGAUUCCAUACCGAUAUUUAGCUCUGCAACCUCAGUCAGAGUCACGUACGGUAUUUUCUUGGUUACCAUAGUAACUGCUGUCCUGAGGUACCAGUGAAGGUAUUGCUAGUAUCACACAGAUGGCAUUGCUGCCAUCACAAGAAUACAACUAUCAUGCUUAAUUUUGUGGGAUAAGAUCGUUGAAGAAUUCUGUCCAUUUGUCUAUGAAUUUUCAGGUAA